GCUUCGUGGGUGGAAAAUUCUCAUUCCUUCCUUUCAUGUUGUCCUCUUCCAGGAUCGUUUGACGGUCAAUAAGCUUAAGAGAAUGAAAGCACUAAUACUCGUAGGAGGAUAUGGCACAAGGCUUCGACCGCUAACGUUGUCAAAACCCAAGCCAUUAGUCGAGUUUUGUAACAAACCGAUGGUAAUGCAUCAAGUCGAAGCCUUGGCUGAGGCUGGAGUGAAACACAUCAUUCUUGCAGUCAGUUACCGUGCAGAAAUGUUGGAAAAAGAGAUGAAACAACAAGAAGAUAGACUAGGAAUUAUUAUUACAAUUUCACAAGAAAAGGAGCCUUUAGGAACUGCUGGACCUUUAGCUUUAGCAAGAGAUCACCUUACAGUAGAUGAGGAGCCUUUCUUUGUGUUAAACAGUGAUGUUGUGUGUGACUUCCCAUUCAAAGAAAUGUUAAAAUUUCACAAAGAUCAUGGAAAGGAGGGGACAAUAGUUGUAACUAAAGUUGAAGAACCUUCUAAAUAUGGUGUGGUUGUUUAUGAUGCCAAAACAGGACGGAUUGACAAAUUUGUGGAAAAACCACAAGUUUAUGUGUCAAACAAAAUUAACGCUGGCCUGUAUAUAUUUAACCCAAAGAUGUUAUCCAGAAUUGAGCUCAGACCAACGUCAAUUGAGAAAGAAAUAUUUCCAAAAAUGGCACAGGAGGAUGGACUGUUUGCAUUCAACCUUCCAGGUUUUUGGAUGGAUGUAGGUCAACCUAAGGACUUCCUGACUGGAAUGGGAAUGUUCCUCCAUUUCUUGCGAGAAAAACACCCAAACCGUCUGCAUGAGGGACCAGGAAUUAUUGGCAAUGUCUUAGUGGAUCCCACGGCUAAAAUAGGAGAGGGUUGCAGAAUAGGACCGAAUGUUGUCAUUGGACCAGGGGCAGUCAUCCAGGAUGGAGCGUGCCUUUCACGUUGCACGAUUCUCCAAGAAGCCGUCAUCAGAUCACACUCAUGGAUUCACUCCGCCAUCAUCGGCUGGAAAUCAGUUGUAGGGCAAUGGGUUCGAAUGGAAGGAGUAUCAGUGCUUGGGGAAGACGUUAUUGUCAAAGACGAAUUAUAUAUCAAUGGAGGGCGAAUUCUACCCCAUAAAUCCAUCUCAGAUUCCUCGCCAGAACCGCAAAUCAUUAUGUAAAUAGGAAAUCAGCAGCGAUGAAAAAUUUCUUAACACUAUAUAUGUUGGUAAAGGGGUUUUUAAAAAUGAGUUUGUUCCAGGCGUGUUGUUUGUAAAACGGAGCGAAAUUGUAUACAGCGCGACCACUCACGCCACACGCGGAUAAUAAAACCACUCACUUAAUAGAAUAGA